AGCGCUCUACAUCAACAUGGCGUCCAUCCUCGAUCAGUACUUACAAGCAUCGGCGGGGGAAAAUUUAAAUCCUUUCCUUGGACCAGAUGUAACAGAACCGGUCAGUGUAACUCGUAUCUUCCUUCCUUAUUUUAAAUCAUGGAAUACCACUUUCCCAAUUUUUCUAUUUCUACACUACUGCUUGCUAUCCCAAUGUAUCGCAACUGUCCCAUAACUUUCAUUUUGCAAUUCGCAUUGUAGGUGUUCUUUUAAUAUUGUGGAGAAUAAUUUAACAAUAAGCUUUUCUUCUGUGAAACUGUUCAAAAAUAAAACAGAUCUUAACUGGAUAUGUUGACGUAAGAGGCGAGGACGAAGUGCCCAUUUUCCGGCGCCAAAAAAUUAACUUCAGGUAAACCGAUAACCUACAACUAACAGGCCAUUUCCGAGUUUCCAAAAACUCUUACUUUCAAAACUAGGCUAAAAUAAUGCAAAGCUUUGCUUCUGAAAAUUAUUUGCAUGAGAAUAGAGAGGAAUUCACAAAUCAAUGGAUUCGCAAUUAGCCUCGCCUUGAAUCUAAGGCUAGGGGCAACUCGGAAAUGGCCUCAUGUAAAAUUUUCUUGUUGUAUUUUGACCAGCCAUAUACAGUCUGAUACAUUAAGAGACUGAGGCAAUUUUGAAUCAAAAGAAUGAUAUAAAGUGACUGCAGUAUUAUUGUCCAGUUAAAAUUAGGGACAGGGGGUGUGGGUGGGGUGGUAUGUAUGUCUCCAGGCUGAAUUUCAAACAUAGUUGUUAUUUUAUUUGUAUUCUAAAGGUAGGCUAUGUCCCUGUCGGUAUUUAACCCAUCUUUAUGUCAUUUGUUUAUCUAGUCUUCUGUUGCUGUUUAAAGGCCAAGUCACUUGUCGGGAUUGAACCCAAUAAAAGGGCCUUUGACCUUCUGAAUUCUUCUUCAGAAAUUAAGGGUGGUCCAUUGAGUGGAUUCAUGAAAAAAUGGUCCAUAGACUAGGUCCACAAAGGUGGUCCAUGGACCAGGGAUCCCUAUUUUGAAUGAAAGAAUGAAGGAAUGAAUGAAUGAAUGAAUGAAUGAAGUUUAUCUUUCGUCGAUGAUGUGGGGAGUGGUUGCCCAGUCUCCCAAGCUAGGGGCUCAUGUAUAAAAUUUUCGACUCAACACUCUUAUUUAUUUGAUUUUGCACUGAGAAUUAAGUAUUUAUUAUGAAGACACUUUGAUACCAUGCACGUGUAGACUGCGCCCCACCAAUAUAUAUCCACUCCCCAUUCAAAGUUUUCGGAAAUUGACCAUGCAUACAUGUAUAUUAACAUUUAUUUUAUGCUUUAUGUCUUUGAAAGAAAUUAAAUCAGGUGGUAGAUCACACCAAUGUUGGAGGUUAGAGCCAUAAUGUUAUUAUUAAGGAUGAUUACUUAUAUUCUUUGUUCACACACACAGGCCUCCAAGUAACAUUGUAGAUGUCGCAGUGAGUAACAACAUAGUAGCCAUAGCUCUGAACAACAAUGAGCUAAUGAGGCUAGAUUUGUCCAACCCAAGCGAAAUAGAUCGUAAGUAUACAGAGAGAAUGUGGUUAACUGGAUAUAACUCUAUUUCCUCUGAUGAGUGUCUGUGCUCUGAUAAGCAGCAGAGUUCAGAGUUCAAAGUAAUGGCUGGUCAACGAGCAGUGUCUGGCCAGAAUGGCAACUUAAGCGGCUAAAAACUUCACUUGUCAGUCAUGUUGCCUGGUCAUACUUACUCUGAUUCAUGAACAAACAGCCGAAUCCUUGCCUCUUUAUAAAAAUACAAUCACAUUCACAAAUAGAAAAUUACACAAGGUUUAGUUAACUUUUUUCCCAAUAUUUUGACCUGUCAGCAAAAAUUUCUUUAGCCAGUCAUCGUGUCCGGCCACCGUCCAAAAAUAAAAUUAUUUUGAGCACUGGAGGUGCAGGGACCAAGCAGUUAACUCCUCAAACUUCAGAUGUGGGUUCAAGCCCCUGUGUCUUGUUGUUUCCUCACACAAGAAACUGUGCUCCGUUUGUUUCAGUAUCUCUCCUUAUGCCCAGUCAGGGUUCAUACAGGUUAUGGAAAACCUGGAAAGUCAUAAAAUUUAAGAAUUCCAUUUUUUAGGCCUGGAAAGUCGUGGAAUAUAAUUUUUGGUCCUGUUUCUGUAUCAUGUGGUUUUGUGUAUUUCGCAAGAUUUCGCAGAUCUACCUGAAUUUUGCAGCUCUGCGACUACACUAAAGUAUCAGAAGCCCUGAAAGUAUGAUCCUUGCCAGUUGUAGAAUUGGUUUGCAACAUACUCUAAAGGGGAACUUUGUAAUUCAGUGUUAUUGGUAUUGCGUCUGAAUAAUUAUUUGAAUUAGAUCAGUUCUGUGUACAGCUGUAGUGAGUAAUUUUUGAACCUAUGAACUAUCUAUGUAUGUAAGACAAGAUGGGCCCAUCACCAUCUAAUCUUGCCUGCUUGAGUGGCCAAUUUGAACAUAACCUGCGUCGCAGAUGUAAUUUAACCUCAGUUAGCAACAUCUGUGAAGCAGUGCCGACGGCAAUGUCUUUUGUAACAGGCCAAUCAUGGCGCAUACUCAAAUCCUGGUACACAGGUGAGGGACCAGAACAAGGAUUGCGGUGCUGUUUCACAGAACCAGUCAUAGUACAUAUAUGUGUAAUAAAAAACAGGUCUAAAGGAGCUACAAGUCAAAAAAAAGCUUUGUCGUUUACAUCUCUCCUCCUAGGUGUUGACAUUACCAAGAGAGUGGAUGAUUCAAUUCAUCGCAUCUUUUUGGACCCCACUGCAAGGCAUCUCAUUGUCUGUAUGAAAUCUCAAGAAUCUUUCUAUCUAGCGAGAAAUUCCAAAAAACCCAAACCAUUGGCAAAGAUGAAGGUAUGGGAUCAGUUAUACCACCUGAUAGUUAUAAAAAGUUCAUGUUUUAUCAACUCUUAAAACAUUUUGCAAUACAACCAGCUUGCGAGUAGAGCCUCCUUUUGUCUUCUUGAUCAAGAAGGAGGAAAGAAAGCUGUGCCUAAAUUGCAUCAAACUGUCCCCAGUGUUCCCCUUAUCAGGCGGUAUCUGGUCAAAUUUACUGCCUGAAAACGGCUUGGAAACUAAAAUUUCGAGGACGUUUUUAGACUUUUUACAUUUAGGGCAUGAAUUUUUCGUCAUUUCAGGCCAUGGAACCUAAAAAUGAGCCUAGCUAGCUGUAAUAAGGGGCAAUACGGAGGCAAUACGUCCUAGACGGCAUGAUCACAUGCUGUUUACGGAAAAUUCCCUCAUCCAUGUCAGGAAAUUCUGUACUUUAAAGCCUCCCCUAGGGCAUGACUCAGCAAUUGAGUACAUUUCUGUUACAUUUUCAAUGUUGGUUAGCAUGCAAGGAUUUUUCCCAUGCCUAUGGUCAAUGAUUUGCUCACUGGUAAUAGAGGGGGUGGCCCCAGAGUGGUUUUGCAUUGAAAUUGGCAUGCAACAGGAUUUAGCAUGCCCUGUAAGCAUAAUUUGAGGUUCUGUGACCUUCUCACCCAGGCCGCGAGAAGCCUAGGUUCUAGUAAUAAGUAAUUCAUACCCAGCAAAAUCUCCGGCAUGCCGGGCAUGCCAAAUUUUCUGACAUGCCCGGCAUGCUAAAUUCUCUGGAAUGCCGGGCGUGCCAUAAUCUGGGUCAUGCCGGGCAUGCCAAAAUCGGUCUCUGGCAUGCUCUCAACGCACAGGUUAUAAUUCCUUGAAUCUACAGAUAUUUUAAGCGUGGCUAAAAAAAAAAAAACUAAAAAGAUCACAGUGCUUAUCUUUUGAUGUACGGUUACACGAUGACGUCAUUGCUAUUCCUUUCAUUUUCAUAGAUUUGGUUGUCCCAGCGAAGUUUAAAUAACAAAAGCUCUAAUUUUCACAAGAAAGUAAAACUUUGAGGGAUUCUGCCGAAGUAAUAAAACAGCGUCAUCAUGGUGAUGACCUGUUAGGGGAUGCUAAAAACUCCUCACCCCUUUUAAUGAGUCUUUAAUAGGAUUCCCACUUCACAUUGCGAAUAAAAUGGAAUUGACUGAAAUCAGUAAAAAGAGAGACAGAGACUAUUUUCAUUGUAUAAUAAAAUGCAUCUAUGUUCCAUGAAAGCUUUUAAAAAUACAAGGUAAUAGAAUAUCUUUCAAAGUUCAUUACAAACUGAGCCAAGCCCCAAAAUCACUGUUCAUUAUUCAGUAAAUUAUGAUGUUUGACAAUGCAAUGUGCUUGAAUAUAACGUUGCAAUUACAAAUCUCUCUAACGCAAUUUUCCCUACGUUAGAAAAGCUGUUUUUAUCUUGUUUCACAUUUUGAUAAGGAGUCUGAGUUCCUCUUUCUUGUUUUGUAGGCUUGCCAGAGAUUAAUGUUUUUAUGUCAUUACCAGUGUCUGUGUUCUUUGUCUUUAACUCAAAGUAAGUCAGUAAUAACUGACAGUAUCAAAGAAUUGCUCUCUAGAAAAGUAAUUAUCUCCUAGUCAUGUCUGGAAGUUACCUGUAACAAAAAAGAAAUGGAAUGUUAACACAUGCAAGGGCAAUAUGAAAAAAAGAAAUAGAACAUGUAGAGCUCAGCUUCUCUUAACAUAUUUUCAUACUGGCUUGUUGAGUCUGUUAAAGGUCGCAACUAAUUGUCUGAGGCUAAUUUCACAAGAGUGUGCAAUUGAGAUAAAUACAUGGUAAAUAAAGUGAAAGAAACGUGGUUUCACAUUAGCCAAUUUACAUUGCGCUGUUCGAUGAUGUUUACACGCUUUUCUACUGCGAAAUAAACCUUUGCAUUUGGAUUUGCAAGUCAAGAUUAUACCGAGUUUGACUGACACUUAAUUGAACAACAGUUUCAUUUUUAAGCAGGCAAUUGGGGUGUAGACCCAUAUAAAGCCGGAAUAUGUAAAGGAAACUCAGCGAAAACUUUUUCGCAUCUUUUUGUGGCGAUAUUCUUUCACGGCCCGUCAACUGAUUAGGGGUUGCGAAGAAAAAAUAAAUUAGGACCAAAGGUUAAAGCCUGUCCGGUUACAUCAUUUCGUAUGUUACCUAGAGUUCUAAUAAAUAGGUCAUAAAAUAGGAUUUAACGAGAGCGAAUUUGUUUCUCAAUCGGUGUAUAAAAAAGUGAGGCUAUCAAAUGAGAAGUUUAUAGAGUAUCAAAAUUAUUAAAUUAAAAGCUCAUUUAAUUAGGAAAAUUCCUAUACGAAAACAAUGCUAGUGACAUUAAAUUGAUCAGAUAAAAUUCUCAGAAAAUAUGUCCAAUAAAAGCCUCAUUAUUUGCUUUUGUUUUUGCGUAAAGGUAAAUUUUUCGGCCCACAAAGCAAAGUUGAAAAAGCGACUAAAUCUUAGUUUUUUACAUUGAACAUGUUUAUUAGCUUAGUUUUCGUCCGUUUUAAAAGCUUUAUAACCCAAUCAUAAUUUUCGGGUUAAAAUAUUACAAAAUCAUUUCAAAAACCAUGUUCAUUUAAAGUAGAGCCGGCAAACCUGAACAUUUUGUAAUUCAAAAGUCGGACCCAGCCAGGUUGUUUAAGCUUAGAAUUAUUUGCAUUUUAGCGUCCUAUAAAUUUACCAGAAUCGCCUCUCAGAGGCUUACUGUAGCAAAGCAUUUUGUAGUACACUCGUAGACAAGCAAUGUAAGCCUUAAGUCUUUGCUUGGAUGAGAUGUCCAAAAGAAAAAUUAGUUUUGUGGACCUAAACGCACAUUCACAGACUGCUUAUAUUGAGUUGUUUACAACUUUGCAUUGACACGCGCAGCAUGUUCAUUUUUUUAAAGCGAAAUCCAAAUCUGAUUUUGGCAUUUGAUUUACGGAUAUUUUAUUUUGUCUCCAAAAGUGAUUGUAAUAUCCGUUUGAUUGUCUUUCAAACAACAGUCAAACUAUGCAGCAAAAAUAAGUAACUUUACCAGUACAGUGGAAAAAUAUGACCGUAGGUGCCAAAAAUAAUUAUACUCGAGCUAUAAAAUUAGAACUGACUUUUUUUAGCUUUGGUUUCUUAUUUUUGAAGUUUUCUCUAGUCUUCUUAGCAGCAGAAGAAGAUUACAAGACAUACAAACAGAAACAAUCCGAAGUGAACAAGUUGACAACCACUUAUGCCGGAGUUCUUAGGCAUGCUCAACAGCAAGAUAAACUGAAUGCCAAAAGGAUAAUUCACGGGAUUUGUUCGAUAUUCAGGCUUUUUCUUUACCAAAUUAAUACUAAAUUUGUACUUACAGUCUCUCGCAGAAUCCAUUUCUUGUCCAGCAUUCACCAACAUCUCAACCAUGCACCGCAGAAAAAAAAGACAAACAAGUGCGAAGAGACAUGACGACAUCGUGACGCCACAACUGCCACGCUACAACAAACUAGAUUCCUCGUCAUCCGCGAAAACACUUCUGCGGAAAUUCGGCCGAUUUCGUGCGUGCUCGGGGUAUCUUCGGAUGACGCAGAUGACGUUGCUCAAAGGACUAUCGUCAGCAAGGAGUAAAACAGUUUGCGAGAUUCGCAUAGCCGACAAGGAGCGCACUGAAAAACUAAGCAAAAUCUCUCUGAGAAGGCAGUCCAAAUUCACCAAAUCAGAACGUCUUUGCAGUAUUAACGUCGUACUCUCGUACUGACUUGAACGACCUGGUAAGCUUCAUUUUCACCAGUCUUUUAAUGCUGUUGACCGGGAAACAUUCCGACACGAUAAAACUUAAGCAUGGAUAAGUUUAUACUGAGAAGAUUUGUUAUCUUAUUGUUUAAGACGCUUUUCCGCGAUCAAAUUUAAAUGUGGACCCAGAAAUGUCAGUAUCGGUUUGAAAUAAAAGGAUUAAUCUUUGAUUGCAAGUUAAGUAUUCUAUUUUAUGUAUGAAUAAUGUUGUUUUGUUGUGCUUUUUAUUUAUAAAUCCAGGCUUCUGUCUUCAGUUUUGCCAGUCGAUCCCGUGACACACAUUGUGACAAACAUGACUUUUUUUGUUAUAAUCUGCAUUUAUUGCCAGGCAUGAAACCUGUAACUUCAAGCUCCCUAAGAUAUAUUUGGCGAUUAUAUGUGAUUCUCAGGAUAUGAUGCUGAAGCGAACAUCAAAAUCAGUCUCGCUGGGCAUGCCAAUUUCUUGCCUGGCAUGCCGGGCAUGCCAAACCAACUGGCUUCACCAUCGGCAUGCCCGGCAUGCCAAACCAGAGGAGCUAAAACUGGGAAUGAAUUAUUAACCCGGCGAGAGAUCUGGGACCUAAGUUUAGCUGGGUCAAUUUUGGGCUGCGAGGGCAUGAACCCAUUUUUUCCAUGCCUAUGAGAUGUUAUUUCUAAGUACCAAUGUUCCCUUGAAUUUUGUCAUGCCUAAAUAUAUAAAAUUUUCCCUCUCUCAUUAAUCCUCAGACUGGAUGCGAUUUUUACGCUCGCUAGGCAUGUUCAACUGAAAAUCAUGCCCAUACCCUUAUUCAAAACAAAAUGUUAUCAAAUUUUAGUUUCCAAGCCGUUUGAAGCAACACUUCUUACCACCUGCAACCGCUUGAAGGUUUACUAAAGUUAAAUAAAUUGUUUUGAAACAUACGCAAGUUAUGAUCUGAUCCAAUUCUCACAAGGAAAUUAAUGAACAAAAUUAUUAUGCAAAAGAACUAAAGUAUGCACAGCUUUUCUUUUUAUGGGCCACACAUUUUGGAAAGAGAACAUUGAAGACAGAGUAAAAUUAUUGGAAUCAAACUUUUUACAUUGUUGUUUUAAGAUAACAAUGGCCAAUUUGCGUAAAGUAGGUCGUAACAGUGAGGGAAUGAUGUUUCAGAGAACUUAGCUCCUAAAUAAUUUCCAAGUGAGGGUGGGCCAUGUCCCUCCCUGCAGUACUCCCUCCCCUCAAGGAAAGUGCACCUCUGGUGCAUAUUUUUUGCCUUACCAGCCAUGAAUGGUCCCUUACCUGCUGAGCUAAAAUUUAGGGAGAACACUGGUCUCUUCUCAAACUUUUUUUUUCAGUUAUGAGCAUCUGUUUAUUGUCAAAUCAAUGUUCAUAACAAAGCCUGCUGUAGCAAGCUAUUAACCCUUUGUUCGAAGCUAUACCCCAGCAGCAUGCAUGCGUACAUGCUCAACAAAGAUCUUACUCAAUUCAUGCAGUCUUUGUUGAGUAUGCCAAAAUCAUGCAAGCAUAAGAAAUACUCUGCUGGCAGGGUGCAAAACAAUGUGAGCAAAACACUUGUUGGUAAUAAUUAAUAGGACUGUUGCAGUAGUUGGUCUUAUGACCAACAACAAAAAAACUUGACAAUAGAAAGAGAAAGAGUUAAAAUUAGUGUCAUAAGGCUAAUUUUCAAGGGCCAGUGUAUCUCAAUGGAGAGAUUGUCUGACCCCAUCCAUUUUCCUUUGUUUGUCAUUAUUUCAGUGACUAAUUCCUGGGGAUGAUUCUAUCCAGGGUUUGCUGAUGCCUAAUAUGCGAUCUGUUUUUCCUUUAAUUAAUACAGGGACAUCUUAUCAAUGCCAUUGCAUGGAAUAAGGCUAAAUUAACUGAGAGUUCUACCCAAACAAUCCUUCUUGGGACUUCUAAAGGUUUGUUAUAAAUCAGAUUGCAAUCAUGAUUCAACCCUCUCCUCAGUACAGUCAUGUACCAUUUUUGUUUUCCAGAGGUGAUAAUAGUGCAUAGACGCUUUUAGAUUCUGAAUUCAUUUAAAAAUUAAUGAAUAAUUUAUAACACAGAACAAAAUAAUAGAAACUUACGUCAACAUUUUUAAUAAAAACAACCUCACUUGGGCAUACAGGCCCCAUAUGUUUUAAAUGGUGCAGUAUCUUAAUUAACUAUAUAAUAAAUUUUCUUUUCAAAAGGCGUACACAAAAUUUGACAAUUUUCUUGCUGUAUGCAACUGUCUUACUUCCUGUAUCUUAUGCUAGUUGCCUCUAAACAGGCCUGUUGUCUUGGAAACCCUGAACAACAUGUAAGGCAGAAGUAUAUAACCUCCAGGGCCCAGUUGUUCGAAGGCCAAUUAGCACUUAACCUGGGGUUAGAUUUAACCUGGGUUUCUUUUUCUUGUGUUCAAAAGCAUUUUCUUGGAUAAUUUUCUGUGCUAUUUUUAGAGCUUCCAGUCAUCAACUUGUAGACAAAAAGAACUAAAACUGAAAUGCCUUUUAAGCUUUCAAAUCUGAAUUCAUAUCUCGCACUAACCCUGGGUUAUAUUUUUCUGUGUAAGGUCAUUUGUAUAUAACAAACAAACAAAACAAAACAAACAACAAAACUAAUUGAUCCUUACGACUUACUUGACUAUAAUAUUAAUAUUAUUUGACCUUGUAAUAUUCUCAAGAUACAUGCUUGUUAAUACACUUUUCACAGGCCUGAUAUUUCAGACAGAGAUAGAACCAGAGGAAAAGUUUUUUCAGGGUGGUCUGGAAAAAUUUUGGAAACAGGUGGGAUUUCUCAGCAAUAAAUUCUUUCCACUUCGUAAAGUCACGAAGUAUAAUGACUUGUAUAAUAAUUGCUUUUAUUUUUAUUUUUUAUUUUUCUCUUAGUGUCGUUAUAAUGUAAAACAACUAUUAAAAUAUUAUAAUGACAUUAACCAUGUAAGCUCAAAUUUAAAAUAUUAUAAUUUAUUUGUCAUCUUUUCUAAACUAGGUUUCCAACUCUGUGAGUCCCUGUCCCUGUAUGUUCUUUAACAUAAAAUGAAUUACAAUAUGAAUUUAAUUCAGUUAUGCCUGUAAGCAAACAAAUUAACUUUGAAUGUUAAGAAAACUAAAUACAUGCUCAAGGAGUCCAUUUAAUUUAUCCCAAAUAAAUAACGACUGCACAGUCAAGGUCAAUAAUAUACCGUUAGAAAGAGUACUUAAUCAUAAAUCUCUUGGAGUUCAAAUUGUCAUGAAUCUCUGAACUGGUGCCCACACAUUAAUACCAUUUCAAAGAAAAUAUCUGCUGGUCUUGCUAUCUUAAAGUGUGUAAGUCCUAUAAAUACCCUUUGAUACUAGCUAGAGUGAAUGUAUACUAUAUUGCAAUGCACUGGUAAUCCCAUAUUUUAAUUACUGUAGUGUCGUAUAGGGUAAUAUCAAACAAACUUCAAAAGAUACAGAAUAUUAAGGCUGCCAGAACUCUUACCUUUUCUAACUGUGAGGUUUGCUUAAAUGUUUUGUUGGAUGAGCUUAGCUGGCAAAGGUUGGGAAAAAAUUCAUUUCGUGGGAGAGACAUAUUAUUUUAAUACACCAUAAAUCAUUGUAACUAUAGUAUUUUUAACUUUAUAGUCAAGUAGUUCCUUAGGGUAUUUUAGUUAAAUUUUACACACGAUUUCCAGGAAGACCAUGUAAAAGUGAUACAAUUUCGUGUAUAAAAUAACAAUUGAUGAUGACGAUGAGGAUGAUGAUGAUGAUGAUGAUGUGUUUGGGUAAUGACUGAUGAAUGGUUCCACCUGUGUGUUGUUCCAUGUUUUAACUUGCAGUUGUAUGAUGUUAACUCAAGUGGGGACCCAGAGGAAUCAAUUUAUGGCAUAAUGUUUGAGAAAUUCCCUGUGUCUCCAAAAUCUGAUAGAAAAUAUUUCAUCAUGGUUUCUACACUCAGGUACAAGUGUAAAGUUUCUUUAAAGGUUACUACUAUAGACAACAAUGUACGUAUAUCAUCAGGCGUGGGUUAAAUAACGCAUUGUUAGUGUUACCUAGUUGUAGCAACCCGUGGUCUUUUUUGAUUACCUAAGAAUGGACUAUUGUCUAUGUAAUUGUUAUUUUAAAGUGGAUCAUAAAAUUACUUGUUACUAUAUUUGUACUAUAUACAAUGCAGCAUUAAUCCUUGGGGUCCAACACCCCCCUCCGCUUUCUCCUAGAAUCGUGGUGGGGGUAUUAAUUUGCUUGCCCCUAGCAGUUUUUGGACCAAAGGAAAAAUGACUUUAAAUUCAACGCUUAUGCCCUAGGCUCUUCUUUGUUUCUAUUUUUUCUAAAGUUCUUUGAUAAUAGUCAGUAUGUCUUCCUUGUCUUCCUUCAGUCGCAUGUAUCAGUUUAUUGGUGAUGCAUCUGGUACAGAUUCACUGGACUUUCAGCCAUUGUUCACAGAGUAUGAAAACAAUCCAGGUACGUGACUUUCCCUCCCUUCCUCCCUGACUUCCUUCCUUCCUUCCCUCCUACCCCUGGUGGGAGGAACUCAACAAACCUUUAUACAGGGAGGCUCCACCCAGAGGUCCCUUCCCUUACCCUUUUAUAUACUAUUUUUUUUACGAAAAAGGUACCCCUUUUGUAUACCUUCUAUUGACUAAAGAGGCUCUUUUCAUGUAGCUAAUUUAGAACUUCACAUCCCUUUCAACAGCUGUAAACACAGUAUCUUUGAAAUUUCACAGCCAUAAAAAUGCAUCUAUUAUCCCAUUUGGGCCUAAUUUUACUGACAGACCAAAAUGGCAGAUUUCCUUACACUGUCAUAUACUUCAAUGAGUGAAAUCCCUACCCUUUCAUAUACAUGUACCUGUACCUGAAAAAGGGUUGAGCCUCCCUUAAUAGGCUCUUACAGGGAGAACCCCCCCCCCCCUUAAGGCUUCAGACUUCCUACAUUCCUCCAUCCCUUCCUUCCUUCUUACCUUUCUUCCUUAUUGGAGUCUUUGUUUGAACUUUUUUUUGACAGCACCCUUCCUUCAGAUGCCUGGUCAUUUGGAAGCCAGCGAGUUAGUGUUAUUUUAUCCUAAAGUAAGAGGUCUACCAAGAACAUUUGCAUGGCUCACAGGUCAGUCAUGUGUAUCUACAUUAACAGUUAUCAGUAGUCCUCUCAUUUCUCUGACAUUCCAAGCGAAUAUCAUGGUUUUUGUGCCCUAAUAUCAUGGGUGACAAAUUACACCUUGAGUUUGGCCCAAAAUUUCAGCGUUUAUACUACUACAUGAGAAAUUUCUGCAAUUUGAUUGGCUUAGAGCAUUGGUAUUUCAGCUUAAUUUGAAAUUCCUACUUGUGAAAAUUACAAAACCUUUGCAGGUAGUAGUAUGAACAAUACAUGUAAUAGCCUGAUUCGUAUGUGAUAUAUUUUGGCAUAAAUACCACUCGUAAUAUUUCAAAAUGGUCUCAAAUUUUGAAAUAUAACUUGUGGUAUUUGUGCCAAAUAUCACUACAAAUCAUUCUAUUACCUAUACUAAUUUGAAAUUUCACUUGAUUAUUGCCACGGCAAUGUUCUGUAAGUGUCAGUGCCAAGAUGGUGGCAGAGUUUUAAAACGAUAUUCAUGAAUGAAGAGGUCAGGGCAUUAAAAGAUGCUUUAGAAAACCUAAACACACGACAGAGCACAUCAAGAAGGAUUCUAUCAGGUAUUUAAUAAAAAAAUUCUGAACUUAAUCCAAAAUUUUAGCUUUAAAGUUUUCAUUGUGUGGAGUUCUCCAUCGAUAAUCAGUUUGGAUGGACAAUGUCGUUGAACGUAGAAGCCAUUUUAAACCAUUUUUCAUGUUUAACUACAAAAUGUUUAUCCUUCCAUUUACAUGUAUAAAUUAGUUAUGUAUUUUUCUUCUACCUCUGAUUUUAACAUAUAGGUAGUGGAGUAUACUUUGGACACUUAGAUUUCAAUCCUCAAGAUUCAUCUGAUAACAUUACAACAGAAACAAAACUCCUUCAGUAUCCUUUCAAGUCACAAGAAUUCUUGAAUAUUAAUUUUUAGCUAGAGUAUAGUGGUUUCUACAGUCUUUAACUGUUUCAUUAUCCAGACAGAAUGCCUGUGUUUUUUAUUUCUGGUUUUGACUUGAGUAUGUUGUGAAAAACACCUAGCAAUACAGUGCUGUUUACUCAUAUAGAUAGACUCUUCAUGAUGUAUUUCAUUAGGUUCAAAAAUGCUCUUUCAACGAAAGGCCUUAAGAGAUCUCCCUUGUGUAAGGGCUGGGGCAGAACUUGUUCACCAUUGUAUUUUAGUGUAAAUCUAUCAUACUUACUGAGUGGUCUGGAAGACAUAUGGCUAGUGCCUCUAGAAUUGGUUUCAUUCAGUUUUUUUCAAGGAAAUGGAAAUGACCACUAUGUAGGCUUGGUAUAAAAUACACCUUUAAGCUGAAAAAAAAUCAAUCUGAACAUUUUCAGCUUUACAAGCCAAGUGUUGUUCAAACUCCUACAACAGUGUUUUACAGAAGUUUUUUUCUUAUAACUGAAUUUCAAGAUAUAAACUAUCUGGUGGAAUGGAGGCUGUCCCUCCACUAUCUGUUGGCCUUACUGGUUUCCAUGCUCUUAUGCUCUACAAAAACAGGUAAUUGCAACCAUGCACUCAUGGUAUGUGACCUGUUCAAAGACAUAUGAGGGCUGUCACUAAAAUUUCUAAAAACUGCUGGGAGUCAUGCUCAUAAUCGCCCAGUGAUUUUGUUACAAAUAGUUAUGUUGAGUCCCGGGACUCAACUUGUGAAAAAUCAUGAGUCCCAGUUCAAAAGACAAUAGGGCCAUUUAUACGAGGAAAAAUAAGACGCGUCUUAAAUAAGACGCGAAUUGUAUGUACCAUUUAUACGAGCAUGUCUUAUCUAAUAAGACGCGUCUUAGCUAAGCCGCGUCUUAUUUUAGACGAAAUGUGCCGUUUAUACGGUAAGACGCGUCUUAUGUAAGACGCGUCUUAUUUUUCCUCGUAUAAAUGGCCCUAAUAUAUGAGUCCUAAAUUGAAAAUGCUCGGGCCUUUAUGUAACCAGGCAGUUAGUCUGAAGACAGGCUCCAAAACGCUGCGGUACAGUUUACUGAAAUUAAAAUAUAGUCCUUCUAUUUGAAGCACAAAAAAGACUGAAAUAAAUAUGCAUCAUUCAAAAACAUCUGCAAUAACAGCCACAGAAAUCACAUGAACUGGAUAGUCCACGAAAACAUCUUCAGAUCGAUCAUCGAUCUUUGCGUUUUACGGGACACAUGCCAUGAAUUAUUUUGCGUCUUUGGGGAUUUUUAUGCAUCAGGGACGCAGGAUGAGGAGGUAACCAAAUCACUGAAAGCCAUGGGAAAUCCCCAGCCCCAGCCCUUGGUGACAGCCCUGCCUAUAGCUUACAGCUGUAGUAACUGGAAGGUCAUGGCCUUACUGAGUUCCUGCUCAGGUGCUUGGAUUGUUAUUCUGAGCUUUUCUUUUAUGUUCUUAAUAUCUAUGUGCGAUUGAAACAUUACACAAAGUAUCAAGACUUCAAUUCUUACACAUUUUUUAUACUACUGCUUUUAAGAUAAACUCUUGGAGACUUUGAACUUGCAUGCAUUUUAUUGGUUCAUACGAUGGCAGUGCAGUUGCAGGAAUAAUGAAGAAAAACAAUUUUGUUAAACUUGACUGAUGCCAUGUAUUAUCAUUUCCUAUUGCUGGCCAAAGAAAGAAUUUUGUCCACAGAUUUAAAAGUUAGAGUAACAAGUAUAUAAAACUCUCCAUAACAUGCUGUAAGAGUAAAAGAGUAAAGGAAUCUUGGCACUAUUUCAUUUUUAAUCUUUUUGUACCAUAAUUGAAUUUUAUAGAUUUGAGGCAGUGUCGCUUCUUAGUGAACAAGCUGUGUUUGAAGAUCAACUUCCACCUCGGGUUUGUAUGAAAUUCCUUGAUAUAAAAUUUUUCCUUGUAUUAGGUGCAAAUGUUAUAUCACCAGAAACUCAGACGAGGUAGAAUUGUUUUGUUCAAUGCUCAUCACUAUUUAUUUUCACAAGCACCUUAAUUAUUUAAAUAAUAAAUGAAGAGAGCAAUGAACCAAUCCAACUUCUUAAGUGUGUAAGGGUGUUAGAUAAUAGAUCCCUGUCAUUUGGUAUCUAAAGUAGACAGUUUGCAACAUAAAAGCACAUUUUACAAAGUGAUUAUACCUGCCUUCGCAAAUUCCUACAUAUCAGAGUUUUUCUGAAUGGGGUAUUGUAACAAGUCACUUAACGAAUGUUCGGCAAACUCGUCAAUUUUUAAAUUAAUUGUCUCACUCAGGACCUGUGGCAUUUAAGUCUAUAACACUUUUGAGCAUAGAAAUCAUUCAAGAAUAUGUUACAUGUUCAUGCAUCUUGAAAAAAUACUAAAACUAAAUCAAGGGGAAAUAAUUUCACUCGCUCUUGUAGAUCAAUAUGUAACUUGCAUCUUUUCUUUGUAGUAUGGUGCUAUGAGAGGCCUCUGCAUUGACUCUGUAAAGAAAACUGUUUGGAUAUUUUCAGAUUCAGCUAUUUUUCAGUACCAUGUUACCAGAGAAAGCAGGUUUGUAAAUUCACUAGGAAUAUUGUCUUAACUCGUGUUGUAUUAUUACGGUGCAAUCAAUGGUAAGUGACCUUAUCUAACUGACUACUUACUCCUCCCCUAAGUCAGCAUUAACACUUACCGGUACUUCUCACUUAGGGCAAAAUUGUGACUUAGGGGAGGGUAGGUGGUCAGUUACCUAGAUUACUUGGCCCCAGACUGUUCACAGUACCCUAUAUUUCCGUAAGAUUUUGGAGAUCGGGCGGCCAUCUUGGGUGCAUGUCAAAUCUACUUGGGGGGCGGUAGACGGUUUGGGAAGAAGCGAGAAAAUUAUUUUUCUAUUUUCUCGCCUACCUCCGCCAACCCCUAUAAACCCCGACGCCCGUCCCCUCGAUACAUAUCAAACCAAGAUGGCCGACCGUACCGGUGAGCGCUUGAUCCUGACGAUCUUACGAGAAAAUAGUGGACUGUGAACAGCCUAAAUGAACCCUUUCUUGAAAACUCAAAUUAGUCUGAGAAUACAGUAGCCUGCGAAAACACCCGUUUCUCCUCGCUCUGCGUAGCUGGGGACGUUUCGCGCGGAGGAACGUCUGCGACUUAGCGGCAGAAAUUCCAUACUGAUGACGCAAAUCAAUGUUUACAUAAUAAAUCCGUUAGUCAUGGGGUUCCAAAUAUAAAUUUGUCCAAUUUUUUGUGUUUUCUGGUCGAUUUUGGUAAAGUGUUGUGUUCAUCUGCCACAGAGCUCCAGCAAAACUCUAAUACUUCUUCUAGAGAAGACUAUAUUCCACAAAUAUUGAUUAUUUUGUUAGAGAUUCUUCACAUUUACAGUUGACCUCUGUGGCCUUUUGUCUUUUGUCUGUCAAGACUGUCAUUCUUAAACAAUAGCUAAAACAAUGUAACUACUCCGUCGACCAAUCAGCGCUUCUGCCCGUAUUCCGGACAGAUUUUACGUCAUCAGUAUAGAAUUUCUGUCGCUGAGUCGCAGACGUUCCUCCUCGCGAAACGUCCCCAGCGGCGAAGAGCGAGGAGAAACGGAGGUUUUCGCAGGCUAAGAAUACAGUCGCCUCUCAUUGCCCCCCUGCUGUGACUACUGUCGGGACGUUUUGGAAGGGAGACGUCUGUGUCCUAAUAUUCCAUACCGCCCGGCGAAUCUAUUCGAACAAAAUCGAACCAAAUUUCAAUCGAACCCAAUCGAUACCUAUUCCCAAUACUGAAGUCGUGGAAUCGUAUAUUAUUAUUACACAUGUUAUUGUUAUCAGGGAUGUGUGGAGAAUGUAUCUUGAAAGAGGAGAGUUUGAAUUAGCAAAGGAAUAUUGUAAGGUAUGAAAUAUCAUGAAGGUCUGUUGACCAAAUUGCACUUAGUCAGUCCAGCCUGUAACAUAUCAUUGAAACAUUAUUUGUUCCUUUGUAAAUAAAUAAUGAUGACUGUUAAAAGUCCGUGAUUCUUCGUUUAAUCAAAAAGCCUACCAGAAACAGAGAAAUUAAGUAUUUUCAAUGAAUAAUAAUAGUAAUCCCUUAGUGAAUUGUCCAUAACCAUCUAUCGUUGACCUAAUUUGGGAGGUGUUUGCAGAUAUCAGUAGAAAGGACGUCAGUUGUACUGAUAUUGUCAAAAAAUGGACCGCAGAAGGUGCAGUAGCUCAGCUGUUUUAGUAGAGUAGGUGAAAAAGCAUACGAUUUCACACGUUUUGCGAAGUACACUGAAUAAACGAACUACUGCCUUAAAAUUGAAAAAAUAUGUCAACUGCUAUAAAAAUCUCCUUAUAACUUGAAACUACCGAGGAACGGGCAAACGGUUAUGAAGGCGGGAACUUUACAUAGAUGGAAUUAAGUAUGUUUUGUUGAAGUUUGAAUUAUUCAAAUGAAUAGUAAAACAAUUAUAAGUUUCGAUGAUGAAACAUGAUAUGAAGAAUUAUGCAGACCUCGUAGGGUGUUAUCCACCAAGGCCGUAUAUGUACACCCUCCUUGAUCUGCAUUAUUCUUCAUAUCAUACCCAACCACAUCCAAUAUUUGCUAAUUAUUGUACAGUAUGUAAAAUGAUAUUGCUGUUCUUUUUUGCAUCAUGAACAGGACAAUCCUGCAAAUUUGGACAAAGUGUUAACGAAGCAGGCUGAAGAACUGUUUGAUGGCAAAAGGUAACUUUGAGCUAUAACAGGUGCCAUUUUGUCUAUGCAUAGAAGCUGCUUUUAUUAGAAGGGUGGUUCCUCAAGCGGACAAAGUGAAGCGAAUACUGUCUUCUGAUUGGCUACCCGAGCGGGCAGGAUGGACUUAUCUUGCACGCUCCGGAUUACCUCCUUUAAAUUGUCCCACAAGAAAAGAUUCUGUUGUGGCGACAUAAUAAAGCGUUUAACGAUCAAUCUUGUUUGGUCAAGAUCGCUAAAUACAUUCGCCUUGGUCUUUUUUUGCGCUUUCGGAGCGCAAAAGAAGACUUAAUAUUCAGGUAUUAAUAACCCUAACCCUCGGGCUUGGCCUAUAACACUUACGUGUAAAGUAUGUGUUAAGGCGGUUGAAGGCUUACAUUGAUUGACUUGCUCAAAAUGUUUGAUUGGUGAAUUUGGACAAAGAUUGAUUUACCGACUGACUUAUUGGUUUAUUUGUUAAAAUCAAGGAUGUGUUGAUUAACCGAUUUCUCUGAGGUUUGACUCACUGCUAUUUUUUGACUGUUUUAAUCAUUGUUAUAGCUACUCCUCUGCGGCGAAGUGCUAUGCCCAGACACAGGUUUCAUUUGAGGAAGUUGCAUUAAAGUUUAUUCAAGUGGAGGAAAGACAGGCCCUGAGAAUGUUUCUUUUAAAAAAGCUGGAUAGCCUCAAGAACCAAGUAAGAACUUCUGUUAUUUAUUUGACUACAAGUAGUCCCUCAUUUUACUCACGGAUAGAAGAUCGAGCGAAACACAUGCACCCUCGUAGAAGGUGACAUGUGGAGAGAACUAUUUCCUCCGCGUGUCACGUUCCUUGCGAGUGGUGAUUUUCACGCGCGCACGUGUAUUCCGCCCUUCCUCGUUCCAGUACCGCUGAGGGACUACGAAGGCCCUGUUAGGGUAAAAUUGCCAUAUGCGACGUGGCCUUGAAACAGUGGCAUAAGACAGAUGAAAUGGCGUUAAGUGAAUCCAAGACGGAGUAAAACAACGACAGCGAUGAUUAAGCAAAUUAUACAACCGCAAAAUACAGACGGGGACAUGGCUUCCUGCUCAUUUUGUGAAAUUAAGGGUUUUGAAACUUAGUGUAGGGACAUACACACCCCUCACCACUAUAAGACAGCCUCACUCCUCAAAGUCUACUCCAUUAGUUAGUGAACGAAAAAAUUUCUACACCUAUACCUAUUCCGAAGUCAUGAUGACUGUUGAGACGCCAGGAAUCUAGCAACCGUUUUUUAAGAUUCCCUUAAUGUGUGGCAAAACCUCAACCCUUCCCAAUCAGAGAUUAUUCUCCCAACGCUUCUUUUGUCUUCCUUGUCCUCUCCCUCCUUGCACUUUAAAAUUGUCUUGGCAAGCCCUUCUGAUCUUGAUAGAUGCCCAAACAACUUCACCUUGCGUUUCUUUACCGUGGUUUAAUAAGAUGUCAUCAUAGGGCCCUAUGGCUUGCCUGAUUGUGUCCCUGACUGCAUCGUUGGUGAUUUGGUCUUUGUAUGAGAUGCCAAGCAGUUUUCUAAAGCAUCAUACCUCAGGGGCUGGCAAUUUCUUCUGAGUGUCCGAUGUUAGUGUCCAGGGGCCCGUUUCUCGAAAGUCCCGGUAACUUUUCGGGACUCUGAUCUUUGAGAUAAGAGAGAGAUGCUUAUCGUUCCAGAUGAUCUUUAGUCUUGCUAGUGCUGUUGUCGUCCGUCAAAUUCUGGACAGUACUUCAGGCUUGGAACCCUGAUUUCACUGUGGCGACUGCUCCCAGAUACUUAAAACUGCCAACUUUGUCCAGUUUUCCGCCGUUGACCCUGAUGUCAACGCUGAUGACAUUUUUGUACAUUUUCAUUUUUACCUUUUUAUACUUCUGCAUUCUCAAAAUCUAGGAAACAUUAUACCCUUUGGUAUUUACUGAUAUAACUGUUUAAUGAUUAUUUUUGCGAUAAAGGACAAGACUCAGAUGACCAUGUUGAUAAUGUGGUUGAUUGAGCUUUACCUAAAUGACCUUGGUGGACUCAAAGAAGAAGGUGCCCUUGCUAAGCAUGAAGACUUAGAAGACGAGUUUAGAAAAUUCCUUGCACAAACCAAAGUUAAGGUGAGUAUACGGCGCAAAGGAACCUGAAAUUAUUCACCACAGUUUGCAUGGGCAGUCUUUGCAAAGUUUUUGUAUUCCAUAUACAUCCCUGACUUCAAUUUGUUUUUGGCUUUGCAGUUCCUUAAUUUUUUCAGUUCCGAAUUAGACUAGAAGAGAUUCUUAGCAAAGUUGUCGAGUCGGGUGAUGUUGCAAGAUCCCUUUUCCUAUCCUAAGCCAGGCUGCAAAAUGGGAAAAUGAUCUUGUGAUUAUUGUUGCACUGAAGGGGAUUAACUGACUUUUGUAUACUUAUUUUUGAUUAUUGCCCUACUUUGUAUGUGGCCUUAAUUUAUAUGUGACAUGUUACCUGGAACAUUUUUCUUUACUGAAUCACACUGCUAAUAGGUCUUUUUUUUAUCAUUGCAGACUUGUCUUGAUCAGAACAGAAAGACAGCUUAUGAAUUGAUUGCCAGCCAUGGCGAUGUAGAAAACUUAAUAUUUUUUGCUAUGCUCAUGCAAGGUUUGUACUAUAAUUCCAUCAUGACAGUUGUUUAUUUAACAAAUAGAUUCCAUGUUGCCCGGUGCAGUAAUAGAGAUAAGAACAAAAAAGUGGCACAUGGGCAAAUUUUUGCGACAGUGCAAUCCUGGACAUAAGUGACACGGGCCGCAAGCGAAUGUGUCAGUGAUAGACAGGCCGAAAUCAGCCUUUGCAAUCUUUAAUAGGAACAGCAGUGAGUUAAAUUCAGCGAAUUUACUUUCUCAGUCUUACCGGUGUGAACCCUUAAUAUCAAAAUUGAUGCCGCUCUCUACCAUCACUAUAUGUCGAUUUUUUUUCCUUUUUUAUCUUAUUCAAUGUAACUACAGUAGCAUAUUCUGUUAAACAUUUUUCAGAUUUUGAACAUGUCAUAAGCCAUCACAUUCAGCAUGAUGACUUUGUAGCAGCACUAGAUGUCCUCACAAAGCAGGCAAGUAUUCAGCCCCAGCCAAUCUCGGUUCCGGUUGUCCAGCUACACAGAGUUCAGCAGUCCAACGCUCUCUCUUUCUCAGAGAAUCCCAAUACGAUUCCAAUAAAAAAUAGUUUUUAAAAAAAUGUAUGAGCCUCUGCCAUUUUAAUGUAUUCAAGAUGGCGCCGAUUUCCGUGGAAGGGAUGAUUUCAAGUGUCGCGUAACUUUUACUCGCGUACGUGCGUAAAAUUUACGUUCGCAAAUGAAAUAGAAGCUAAGUAUUUAAGGUCGCUCGUAAGCGUAAAAGUUGAACCUCGCUCAACUUCACGUUUGAUCUCAACACUUUAUAUCGUGCCUCUAUUUCAUUUACGUGAUUAAAAUUUACGUGGGUUAACUUGCGUAGCCAACAACGCGUCAGUGGAAAUCAGCCCGAAGACAGGAGCUACGCAGGUCACAAUCUCAUGGAUGUUUACAACAUGGUGGAUCUAUCAGGAUUUCACCAAGUCCCCCGCGCGCUUUCUUUUUUUCCCUGUCCCCGGCCAUGACAGAAAGAGACCUCUGCGAAGCAGAAAAGGCGUCCAACGGUAAAGAGUUGUAAUACAUCUUUUGUUCCAAAUUCUGUGCAUUUCAGACAGAUACAGAGCUUUAUUACAAGUUCUCUCCAGUACUGAUGCAGCACAUACCACGUCAAACAGUAACUGCAUGGAUUGAACAGAAGAAGAAGCUAGAUCCACGCAGACUUAUUCCUGCUCUGGUUCACUACCAUCAACAGGGUAAAUCAACACAGGUUAGCAAGACACAUUUAGCUAUCACCAGGAAGCGCCGGCUGACUGAGUCGAGAUACAAAUUUUUCUUAGUCCGUUUUCCGUCAUAAACAUCUUUGCCGUGUUGUCUCGCUUGUAAAAUGCACGGCGCGACAAAAAUGCUGUUCGAUGAGCGCACGGCUAGUGGAGCAACCUUUGGACUCAGCUUGUUUUGAUUAUGAAUUGUCCGACGGACCACCAACAUUUGCCGAGAUAAAGUAAAUGUCGGUGAAAAAGAAGGUAGAUAGGCUUGCGUGACUGCACCGAGAUAGUAAUCUCCAGCAAACACUUGCCCACAACUAAGAAGGGCAUGCGCUUUUUUACUUUCUUAUCUAACUCUGAAUGUGAUUGCUUAAGUGUAAGGAAUCAGAUUAUUAAAUUUUCAUACAAGCUGGUUGAGUGUGAAUUCCAGGCAAUUUUAUUUUUCAUGUAUAGUUUCGUGUUGUCGGUGAAUAGUAUAGAGCUGUUAUUACCGAAUAGCGUUUCAGUGUACCUUUCCACUAGAUUACUUUCAUCUCUGUAGGAAGUGCCGAUCUUUGCGUUUAUAUUGUAGACCGAGGAAGCAAUUCGAUACUUAGAAAUCUGUAUAGAGAGGCUGGGGAACAGGGACCAAGCCAUUCAUAACUACCUGCUGUCUCUGUACAUUGAACAAGAAGAUGAUCUGUCAUUACUGCGAUACCUGCAGAUGCAAGGCCAGGUUAGUAUUGAUGGAAGAGUCCGUCAGUGGAUCAAAGCCAAAGUAUAAUGAAGUCCCCCCACACGACCAACCCGAACUCUAACGGCAACUUUUUUCUUAGCCCGAACAAAGGUUCAGUCAUUUCCUUAUUCCGGUUUAUACAAUCAAUUCUGGGGUCCCUAUGCGGUCAUUAGAGAGAUUUAGAAUCACGUUCGGGGCAAAGGUGAAGGUUAGAUUCAAGUUUAAAAGUAAAAACUGUCCAAGGUACUUCUUAUGUUUGAAAAUUAGGUGGAAGCAGUAAUUUUCUAGGUAGAUACAAUGAGCAGUAAACGGCAAAAAAUGAUGAAUAAAUAAUGAAAUAAAUAAAGUAUAGGACAACUUAGUCAUGUGUCAGUGUAAAUUGACGUUGGCCGUUUACCUUAAAUCCCUCUAUUAUAUCCCUCACAAUUUUACGUCUUUAAUACUAUAGGGCCAGUCGAAUUCCUGGUUAGACUGGCAAAUGAGAAAGGUAAUCAAUGUAACAAUCGUUAACCUCUUUUAUUGAAAGUCUGAAGUGUUCUUAGUAAUACCUGGCCAAUUAACAGUCAGAAUUAUAAUACGAGCAGCCAGCUAUAUUCGACAAAAUUUCCAUGGACAGCCGCCGAUCAUAAAACAAUAUCCAUGUAUUCUUGGGAUUGGAAUCACAAUGAAUAUAUUAUUUUUGGCAGGAUCCUGAAGAAGUAUGUUACGACUUAAAGUACGCUCUCAGGCUCUGUUCAGAGCACAAUAAGCAGAAAGCCUGUGUACAUAUCUACAGCACCAUGGGACUGUUUGAGGAAGCUGUUGAUCUGUCUCUCAAGGUAGCCCCUUCUGUAAUCAUUUGAUAUUUACUUCAGUCACCUUUCCCCGCCCCAAUAGAAAUUCCCGUUAGCCUAAACAAGCUCUAGAUUAUCAGUGACCACUACUUUUGGCUUUUGUGGGCUGUGGGAAUGUGUAAGGAGAACAUCUCAAAUAGCACUGGCGAGACCUGUCCGGGUUCAUCGCCAUGCUGUGUGGUCUGCACUAAAAAGCUAGAAGAAAAAAACUUUUCCUACUUUUGACUGCUUGACUGCUCGGCGACGUCAAUGAGAACAGAAAAAUAGUGAUAGGUUUAGAUUGACAAAACAACGGUUGUUUACCACUCACAUGGGCAAACUGAUCGGUUCACGGUUUGGGUAAAUGGUAAGCAAAAUUCAGGACUGGUACAUUUCCUCCUGGAAUCGUGUUUACCAUUUGUAGAAAAUCAGUUCCAUUUACCGAAAAACUGCCACGAAAGCCUGAAACUAGUAACAAAGUUGGCUUUAAAGAAAUGGUACACGAAUUCCCGUUUGGAAAAUCCCGUCAGGAAAAAACCGGACUACGUUUUGAGAUUUUCCGUUGCUCUCGGAAAUUUUCCGCUGGGAUCACUCGUUUUCCAUUUACUUUCCAACAGUAUUUUGCAAAAACAGCUCGUAAAUGGUAAACAACCAAUACCUCUGCACGUGCGCAUCACGCUUUUUUGUACAUUUCUUUGCCGUCACUAAACGACUACGACGUGAAAUAUGCAUGCAUCCUUCUGUUUAUAUUUCGUUGAAAUAAUUAUUUGAGGAAGCCUGUUCCUUAUAAGCCCGGGGGUACAAAUAGAUUCCAUGUUGCCCGGUGCAGUAAUAGAGAUAAGAACAAAAAAGUGGCACAUGGGCAAAUUUUUGCGACAGUGCAAUCCUGGACAUAAGUGACACGGGCCGCAAGCGAAUGUGUCAGUGAUAGAAAGGCCGAAAUCAGCCUUUGCAGUCUUUAAUAGGAACAGCAGUGAGUUAAAUUCAGCGAAUUUACUUUCUCAGUCUUACCGGUGUGAACCCUUAAUAUCCAAAUUGAUGCCGCUCUCUACCAUCACUAUAUGUCGAUUUUUUUCCUUUUUUAUCUUAUUCAAUGUAACUACAGUAGCAUAUUCUGUUUAAAAAAACAUUUUUCAGAUUUUGAACAUGUCAUAAGCCAUCACAUUCAGCAUGAUGACUUUGUAGCAGCACUAGAUGUCCUCACAAAGCAGGCAAGUAUUCAGCCCCAGCCGAUCUCGGUUCCGGUUGUCCAGCUACACAGAGUUCAGCAGUCCAACGCUCUCUCUUUCUCAGAGAAUCCCAAUACGAUUCCAAUAAAAAAUAGUUUUUAAAAAAAUGUAUGAGCCUCUGCCAUUUUAAUGUAUUCAAGAUGGCGCCGAUUUCCGUGGAAGGGAUGAUUUCAAGUGUCGCGUAACUUUUACUCGCGUACGUGCGUAAAAUUUACGUUCGCGAAUGAAAUAGAGGCUAAGCAUUUAAGGUCAUUCGUAAGCGUAAAAGUUGAACCUCACUCAACUUCACGUUUAAUCUCAACACCUUAUAUCGUGCCUCUAUUUUAUUUACGUGAUUAAAAUGUACGUGGGUUAACUUGCGUAGCCAACAACGCGUCAGUGGAAAUCAGCCCGAAGACAGGAGCUACGCAGGUCACAAUCUCAUGGAUGUUUACAACAUGGUGGAUCUAUCAGGGUUUCAUCAAGUCCCCCGCGCGCUUUCUUUUUUCCCUCUCCCCAGCCAUGACAAAAAGAGACCUCUGCGGAGGAGAAAAGGCGUCCAACUGUAGAGAGUUUUAAUACUUCUUUUGUUCCAAAUUCUGUUCAUUUCAGACAGAUACAGAGCUUUAUUACAAGUUCUCUCCAGUACUGAUGCAGCACAUACCACGUCAAACAGUAACUGCAUGGAUUGAACAGAAGAAGAAGCUAGAUCCACGCAGACUUAUUCCUGCUCUGGUUCACUACCAUCAACAGGGUAAAUCAACACAGGUUAGCAAGGCACAUGUUGUUAUCACUAGGAAGCGGCGGCUGACUGAGUCGAGAUACAAAUUUUUCUUUUAGUCCGUUUUCUGUCAUAAACAUCUUUGCCGUGUUGUCUGGCUUGUAAAAUGCACGGUGCGACAAAAAUGCUGUUCGAUAGCGCACGGCUAGUGGAGCAACCUUUGGACUAGCUUGUUUUAAUUGCAAAUUGUCCGACAGACCACCAACAUUUGCCGAGAUAAAGUAAAUGUCGGUGAAAAAGAAGGUAGAUAGGCUUGCAUGACUGCACCGAGAUAGUAAUCUCCAGCAAACACUUGCCCACAAAUAAGAAGGGCAUGCGCUUUUUUACUCUCUUAUCUAACCCAGAAUGUGACUGCUUAAGUUUAAGGAAUCAGACUAUUAAAUUUCCAUGCAAGCUGGUUCAGUGUGAAUGCCAGACAAUUUUAAUUUUCAUGUAUAGUUUCGUGUUGUCGGUGAAUAGAAUAGAGCUGUUAUUACCGAAUAGCGUUUUCAGUGUACCUUUCCAUUAGAUUACUUUCAUCUCUGUAGGAAGUAAUGAUCUUUGCGUUUAUAUUGUAGACCGAGGAAGCAAUUCGAUACUUAGAAAUCUGCAUAGAGAGGCUGGGGAACAGGGACCAAGCCAUUCAUAACUACCUGCUGUCUCUGUACAUUGAACAAGAAGAUGAUCUGUCAUUACUGCGAUACCUGCAAAUGCAAGGCCAGGUUAGUAUUGAUAGAAGAGUCCGUCAGUGGAUCAAAGNUACUGAUGCAGCACAUACCACGUCAAACAGUAACUGCAUGGAUUGAACAGAAGAAGAAGCUAGAUCCACGCAGACUUAUUCCUGCUCUGGUUCACUACCAUCAACAGGGUAAAUCAACACAGGUUAGCAAGGCACAUGUUGUUAUCACUAGGAAGCGGCGGCUGACUGAGUCGAGAUACAAAUUUUUCUUUUAGUCCGUUUUCUGUCAUAAACAUCUUUGCCGUGUUGUCUGGCUUGUAAAAUGCACGGUGCGACAAAAAUGCUGUUCGAUAGCGCACGGCUAGUGGAGCAACCUUUGGACUAGCUUGUUUUAAUUGCAAAUUGUCCGACAGACCACCAACAUUUGCCGAGAUAAAGUAAAUGUCGGUGAAAAAGAAGGUAGAUAGGCUUGCAUGACUGCACCGAGAUAGUAAUCUCCAGCAAACACUUGCCCACAAAUAAGAAGGGCAUGCGCUUUUUUACUCUCUUAUCUAACCCAGAAUGUGACUGCUUAAGUUUAAGGAAUCAGACUAUUAAAUUUCCAUGCAAGCUGGUUCAGUGUGAAUGCCAGACAAUUUUAAUUUUCAUGUAUAGUUUCGUGUUGUCGGUGAAUAGAAUAGAGCUGUUAUUACCGAAUAGCGUUUUCAGUGUACCUUUCCAUUAGAUUACUUUCAUCUCUGUAGGAAGUAAUGAUCUUUGCGUUUAUAUUGUAGACCGAGGAAGCAAUUCGAUACUUAGAAAUCUGCAUAGAGAGGCUGGGGAACAGGGACCAAGCCAUUCAUAACUACCUGCUGUCUCUGUACAUUGAACAAGAAGAUGAUCUGUCAUUACUGCGAUACCUGCAAAUGCAAGGCCAGGUUAGUAUUGAUAGAAGAGUCCGUCAGUGGAUCAAAGCCAACGUUUAAUGAAAUCCCCCCACACGACCAACCCGAACUCUAACGGCAACUUUUUUCUUAGCCCGAACAAAGGUUCAGUCGUUUCCUUAUUCUCGUUUAUACAAUCAAUUUUGGGGUCCCUAUAAAGUCAUUAGCGAGAUUACGAAUUUCGUUCGGGGCAAAGGCAAACGUUAGAUCCAAGGUACUUCUUAUGUCUGAAAAUGGGGUGGAAGUAUUAAUUUUCUAGGUAGAUACAGUGAGCAGUAAAAGACAAAAAAUGAUGAAUAAAUAAUGAAAUAAAUAAAGUAUAGGACAACUUAGUCAUGUGUCAGUGUAAAUUGACGUUGGCUGUUUACCUUAAAUCCCUCUAUUAUCUCCAUCACAAUUUUACGUCUUUAAUAGAGGCAGUCGAAUUCCUAGUUAGACUGGCAAAUGAGAAUUGUAAUCAAUGUAACAAUCAUUAACCUCUUUUAUUGAAAGUCUGAAGUGAUCUUAGUAAUGCCUGGCCAAUCAACAGCCAGAAUUUAGUUAUAAUACGAGCAGCCAGCUAUAUUCAACAAAAUUUCCAUGGACAGCCGCCGAUCCGAUCAUAAAACAAUAUCCAUGUAUUCUUGCGAUUGGAAUCACAAUGAAUAGAUUAUUUUUGACAGGAUCCUGAAGAAGUGUGUUACGACUUAAAGUACGCUCUCAGACUUUGUUCAGAGCACAAUAAGCAGAAAGCGUGUGUACAUAUCUACAGUACAAUGGGACUGUUUGAGGAAGCUGUUGAUCUGUCUCUCAAGGUAUCUCCUUCUGUAAUCAUUUGAGUGUUUACUUCUGUCACUUUUCCCCGCCCCAAUAGAAAUUCCCGUUGGACUAAACAAGCUCAAGACUAUCAGUGACCACUACUUCUGCCUUUUGUGGGCUGUGGGAAUGUGUAAGGAGAUCAUCUCAAAUAGAACUGGCGAGACCUGUCCGGGUUCAUCGCCAUGCUGUGUGGUCUGCACUAAAAAGCUAGAAGAAAUAAACCUUUUCCUGCUUUUGACUGCUUGACUGCUCGGCGACGUCAAUGAGAACAGCAAAAUAGCAAUAGGUUCAGAUUGGCAAAACAACGCUUGUUUACCACUCACAUGGGCAAACUGAUCGGUUCACAGUUUGGGUAAAUGGUAAUCAAAAUUCAGGACUGGUACUUUUCUCCUGGAAUCGCGUUUACCAUUUGUAGAAAGUCAGUUCCAUUUACCGAAAAACUGCCUCGAAAGUCUGAAACUGGUAUCAAAGUUGGCUUUGAAGAAAUGGAACACGAAUUUCCGUUUGGAACAUCCCGUCCGAAAAAACCGGACUACAUUUUGAGAUUUUCCGUUGCUCUCGGAAAUUUUCCACUGGGAUGACUCAAAAAGUCAUUUUCCAUUUACUUUCCAACCGGAUUUUGCAAAAACGUCUCUUCAAUGGUAAACAACCAACACCUCUGCACGUGCAUCCCGCUUUUUUGUACAUUUCUUUGCCUUCACUAAACGACUACGUCGUGAAACAUGCAUGCAUCCUUCUGUUUAUAUUUCGUCGUAAUAAUUACUUGAGGAAGCCUGUUCCUUGUAAGCCCGGUGGUUUCCCUUGGGCUUCUUCGCCAUUAUCCUUUAUUAUUUAGAAAUAUUUAGACUGUAGUUUUUUUCUUGUAUAACUUAUAUAAUGGCAAUACAAAACUUGAACUUGAAACUGCCUAAUUUCAGGGUUUGUUGAGGACGUGAACACAAGACCACGACUUUCUUUUUCUUUUCCUGAACUUCUUUACAGUCUUUUAUAAUUCAGCUCCAGAACAUAUUGGCAACAUUUGACGAACUGAACGAGAUGGAAUAAGCGUGAUACAGUUUGAAGCAGUGCAAAUUCACUUUUUAAGUGACGUUUUCGUAACCGUCGCUGUCCUUGUUACUUGAGCUCCCUAAUGUAUCCUUCUCUACCUUAUCGGUAGUAGCCGCUAUGAACAGAGUGAUAUUUUUAUUGUUUCUUUGAUUUCAAGGUGGNAACUUGAACUUGAAACUGCCUAAUUUCAGGGUUUGUUGAGGACGUGAACACAAGACCACGACUUUCUUUUUCUUUUCCUGAACUUCUUUACAGUCUUUUAUAAUUCAGCUCCAGAACAUAUUGGCAACAUUUGACGAAAUGAACGAGAUGGAAUAAGCGUGAUACGGUUUGAAGCAGUGCAAAUUCACUUUUUAAGUGACGUUUUCGUAACCGUCGCUGUCCUUGUUACUUGAGCUCCCUAAUGUAUCCUUCUCUACCUUAGCGGUAGUAGCCACUAUGAACAGAGUUAUAUUUUUAUUGUUUCUUUGAUUUCAAGGUGGAUGUAGACCUUGCUAAAAUCCAAGCGCAGAAGCCUCCAGAAGAUGAUGAAGUGUUGAGGAAGAAACUGUGGCUGAGAAUAGCCAGACAUGUGGUGGAGGAAGAGAGAGACGUCAAGAAGUAACUUCACUUGUCUUAUGUACACAGCGUGGUAGAAAUUCGAGCAUGGUCAUCCCCUUGAGUUGUAUUCUGAAAAGGACUCUUGGUGAUUGUCGAUUUGACGACAUGCGCUACUGAAAGGCGUCAUGUUGUCAAUUAUUGUCGUUAAAUCAUCUAUGUAAACGUCACCUUCAGUUCAUUAUGAUGGCGACUUUUGCAAACUUGUCGAAAUGUUGGUGACCAAGAGUCCUGUCCAGGAAUACAUUUACGCUGAAGAUCAAACUAAGUCCCUACUAAAUAAUUAACAAUUAAUGAAUGAGGCUGAGUAUCUUAUGAAGAAUUAUGGAGAUCGAGGAGGAUGUUACCACCCUCCGAGUUCUCCUUAAUUCUUCAUAUGAUACGAAAGUCGAAUUCAAUAAUUGUUUCGUAUUCAUUCAAAAUAAUUCCUAAUUUAAAAACAUAGCUAAAACAUGCUUACCUCCAUCGAUGUUAAGUUCAUCUUCGAUAGUGCACGUUUAGGGUUGUUCAGCUCCGCAAAUAUUCUUCAAAUAGCAGAUGUCGCCCUUCGAGUUGUGUUCUUGCUGUUCUUGACAUGUUUUAGCUAUGGUUUCGCCUAGUUCUUACUCUUGAAACGAGUGAAAUGUCAGCCAUUUUUGUUUUCACAACCAAAACAACUCAACUUCGUCCUCAGUUCUUCUCGGUUAACAGUGCAUUAACGUGCAAGACCGCUGCACUUUUGACGUCAUCGGUUCAUUUAACGCAAAAUUCUUUCAAAUUUGGUCAUCAGUAGCUUGUUAUGGUGAAUUAUGCGUGUGCUAAUCGGGGAAAUAUUUUGAAUGAACAAUAAGGCCACUUAAGUAAUGGGUAACGUCAGACGUAAAUACUUCUAACGUCUGCCAUUAAAAUGCAUCGUUUAAGUGUAAGGUUAGAAGUUAAGGUUUUUUUGCAACUGGCCCCACCACUCAAACAGUUUAUAGCUAUAGUUAUCUCUAUAGUCAAAUGCUUUCUAGUGCAAAACUUAGAGAGAUCAAAUUUUCUAAGGUAUUCCUGCAAAAUAACCUUGUCAAGUGUUAAAAGAAAACAUUUCACAUGAACAGAGAACUAUAUGAUAGUAGUUGUUGAAAGGAAACUAAAUCGAGAUAGUGAGUGUGCAUGGCAUGCGGGACGUUUCUGUACAUCGCCUCCGAAAUGAUCCCUGAUCAACCUUGAGAUGUAGCGAACCCAAAUGUUAGAAUAUGAUGGUGUAAAUCUGUCCAAGAAAAUUGUACUGAUCAAUUUGGGUUCGUAUUUAAUUUAUUUGGGUUCAGAAUCUGUUUCCCUGGAGAGAUGGUUGCUUUCCAAUAGGGUUUGUCGGUUUGUCACCAUUUUCGGGGACCCGCUAGAAGUAAAUGAGAAUUUAAACCGAGGAUAAAAUUGUUCCUCUAUAAAUCGGUUGUAAACUAUAAACUUAAUGCUUUUGAUUUUUUUUUUCAGGGCCAUGGAAUUUCUGAACCAAUGUGAACUGCUGAAGAUUGAAGAUAUUCUUCCUUUCUUCCAAGAUUUUGUCACAAUCGAUCAUUUUAAGGUCAGACUAGCUGCCUUGGCAUUGUUGUAAUCACUCAAGUUUUGCUUCGAAAGUAAGAACUGUGUGCCAGUAAACACGUCCCUCUGCCAAGCAUUGAGAAAGAUGUCCCUUUUCAUCUUAAUCCUUUCACUCACAUAGUCAACUCUGAAAUCAUAAAGUUCAAUUUGAACUUUUGAGUAUGUUGAUAAAAUCUUAUGCUGAAGUCAUUCAACUGAGACCUUCUCAGCAGUCGCAAUUUGUUGUACAAUUCGUUUGCCGCAUAUAUUUGGUGUGAAAUGGUUUAUUGUGUUGGGAAUUUAUACGCAAGGAAGGACAGUGGUCGUUGGCAAUAAUGGUCACGCCAGAUUUGUGUAGGCGGCAAUGUUUGCUGAACGUGUUGUAAACCUUUCUUUUCUAUUACUGUGUAGUUUUAACAUCGGUGAACAAAGAAGUCUCUUCAUCCUUCCUCUUACUUUAUGCUAUUCAAAAUUCGCUUGUCUUUAGUUUUGAUCUUGACUAUUUCAUUUUCGGAGUUAAUAUGUUAUUAACUGGCUUCAUUCUGCUUGCACAAACUUGAAGAUGGUGAGAAUGUUGCAACCUUGCCUGCCUGCUGUUAUUAACAAUGUUUUGUCAAAGUGUACUUUGUUGCUAACAUAUGGUACUAUAUUUCCCUCUUCAGGAUGCUAUUUGCUCAUCCCUUCAUGAAUAUAACCAACACAUUGAAGAGCUUAAAAGCGAAAUGCAGGUAAAUUAUUAGCAUUUGUGCAAGCUCUCCUAUUUGGGCGAGCGAAACUAGCCGCGCGAGAACGCGCCCCCCGCCCCUCGCAGUCGCGUCUCCUCUCGCGCGUGUACUUUUCACGAUAUCCCCCAAGUGGAGAGCUUGCUCGCAGGCUAGUAAAUUAUUGUAUGUUUUGACAACCUUUGGUGCACUGUUAGUCCACCUUUUCUAGCUUUUUCUAAACAGCACCUCCUCUUUUCAACUCGUUAAAGUUGCAGCCAUCCAAGUCAGAUAAUUUCAACGUUUAAAUACCUUAUUUAGUUAUGCACAAUCAAUUUUAGUUGAAGUUAGGCUGAAUGUUUCUUGCUAUACAAGUAACAAUUGCUGAAUAAUGAAAAAAAGAAGAGAAAAAGAAAGGGAAUUUGUUGGUGACAAGCGACAUUUUUGUAGUGCUUAUAAUAAAAUGUCGCUAUUUAUAACAAUGUGGAUAAUUUGUGAAAAGAAACUUUCAAUUUCUUUUUCUAGGAAGCAACAGAAAGUGCGAGAACAAUAAGAGCUGGCAUCCACGAAAUGAGAAACAAGUGAGUUCAAUUAAAACCGACUGAUUUUUCUUUUUGUUGUAAAAACUUAGUUAGUGCAAUGAUUAUUUCUUGAUAAUAAGGUAGGUGUAAACGUGUGAAAUAUACUUGCAUGUUUUUAGAUUUUAAAAGGGUCACAAGUUUACCGGUAAUUUUAAUUGACCACUCCAGAAAAUACCGUACUCUUGGGAGUUAAAAUGGCCCCAGGAGAAACUGAAGAUAAUGCUUAUGCAAAAUUUUGGGGUAACAAACAAAGAGCAUUAUGGUAUGUUAUGGUAUUUUCUGGAGUGGUCAAUUGCUGUCACGUGUAACCCUCGUUAAAUAAAGUCGCUUAUCUUAUCUUAUUUCGUUUCAGCUGAGUUUCAACAUCCCGAGCGGGGGUCUCAACAAAGUUUUAAACGGGGGUAAAACCCCUUACCCUUUCAUAUACCUUUUUUUUUUUUUACAAAAAAGGUACCCCUUUCGUAUACCUUCUAUUGACAAAUGUUACCCCCCUGGGAUCCAUUUUAGCUGCUGUAAAUAACUGAAGGAGGAAGUUUUCUUGCCUUUUUCACAAUGCCGUAAAAUGAGUCUGUUAGCCCUUUUAAGUCCCCUCACAGACCGCAAUGACAGAUUUCCCUGUCCUUUUAUAUACUUUAACUAGCGAUAUCCCUACCCUUUCAUAUACCCGAAGCCUGAAAAAGCUACCCCCUUCGGGCGGUACCUUCCUGUAUAGGCCAUUAUAGGGAGUACCCCAAGGGGGGUUCACAUAUUAUUGGCCGUUUAUAGAACUUUUUCUACCAGUUACGCUAUCAAGAGUAUUGGAGAGCUGUAUCUUCAACUCUUCUUUUCUCUUUGGCUUUUUAUUUCAGAUACAGUAUAGUUCCUGCUCAAGAAAAAUGUUCCAUCUGCUCAUAUCCUCUUCUCACAAGAGGCUUCUAUGUCUUCCCAUGUCACCAUGCUUUCCACUGCGAUUGUCUAAAAAAUGAGGUGCGACUGUUAAGAUUAUUUUUAUGAUUAUUUUUAAAAGUUUAUAUUUACAAUUUAUUUUUCAAAAAAUUGUGUUCGUAAUUUUUUUUAUUAUUUUUCAGAUUUUACCCAAUCUUAAAGAGAAACAAAGGUAUAAAUUUUUCUGUUAUCGUUUUUUCACAAUGCUGCUCUCUACCUUUCUGGUCCUAGUUGUCGUUGAAUUGGUUCGUUAUAAACCCGUGAAAGGUUGGUGAUGAAGUUAUGAAUAUAUGAAAAUCAUAUAUGUGAACUGUGGGUUGAAGAAUUAUAUGAAAUAGUAGAUCAUCGCAGUUAUGGAAGCAACUUUUGCAGUUGCGAAAACAAAGCCUGAAAAAAAUUCAGGCUUGUACGGAAUUCGAAUGCCUCUGCGAUACUGGUCCAGAGCUCUUGAGUACCAGUUGAGAUAACUGGUAAUUGGUUUUUCGUAAUACGUGGUGGGUGGUUAUUUAUCCUGCGGAUAGUCCUAUCCACCUUUCUAACAAGUGUCUCACUUAUGAAUCGGUUAUAUGGCCCAGCUCAGCCUUCGCAGCUCAGUAGUCAGCUCAGUGGUGAGACCAGCAUCUGAAAUUUCACUGAUUCUGUAUCUCUGGCCUCCUCGUAGAUUUCAAUGAAAUUCUUUUUUCCCCGUCUGUGAAGCAGGGAAAUCAUUAGCUCCAUGAGCUGGACUUUAUUAAAAUGACAAGUAAAUGUGUCCUUUUAUGCUGGUCAUUUUACCGCCAUUUUAUCUUAAAUGCAUCUUGAAUUUGCAGAGCAAAGGUUCAAGAUCUGUUUAAUCAGCUGUACAGGUCACCAAGAUCUGACUCCGUCACAGCUACACCAGCAUCAAGAGAGUCUCUCAAGGUAAGAUAAAUCCUAUAUGCAUACCCGGUUUUUUGAAGUUUAUAAUUAUUAUUUUUCUUAUUCCUGGCAUUUCUCCUGAAACUGAGACACUUGGAACGAAUUAAUGGGGUUUUCCUGUCUGUUUAAGGUUUCCAUUUAUUUAGGUAUUUAGAACAUUGCUAUUGCACGAAAUGAUCAUCGAUGAAAUACCACCUUAUCUUGACGAGGGCUCAAUGACCUAACGAGAACAAGUCUCUCGGGUACCAAACAACCCAAGCUCUCUUCCUCGAAAGGUCAAUGGGUGGGGGUGUCUGACAGAGGCGUCCGCGUGAUGGGCAGCAAAUAAAUGACCAAAGAACAGAGUUUACGGAGUUGUCUUUUGUUGACUGCAGUUCGAGUAGUCAAUUUAUCUUACAGACACCUGUGUUAAGCAUUUAUUAGAUGGGUCAGUUACAUAUAACGCUGACUAAACUUAGUUUGUUAUCUAUUUUUAGAAUGAACUGGAUGACCUAAUAGCAUCUGAAUGCCUUUAUUGCGGGGAAAUUAUGAUCAGGUAAGGGAAUCCUAACAUCAUUACAACAGUCGACUGUGCCAGAGGAUUUGUGUAAGCCCUUUGAACAUAAUAAAUGACUUCCACACAUCUACAAGAAAAUACUGAAAACUUAUGGGAUCAAAGAUGUAUAGUUUUUUUCUUAACAGCAACAUCUUUUCUCUUCCUUUUCUUCGUUUCGCGGAGCCAGAAAACGAAAGAUUGAAAAGCACAGCCAUUUCUAGUCUUUAUGGUUUAAGGUUGCAUCCGAAAAUGGGAAGAGAAUCACACAUUUAGAUAGCGGGCAAGGUUUUUCCUUAAUCCUAAAGGACGCGAGAGAAAAGCCUUCCCUUUCUGACCUUGUUUUCACUGAAUAAGAACCUCGGAAUACAUGCAGGUACCAGUGUGGCAUAACUAUGAAGGUCAAGUAACGUUUAGUUUCAAUCAAUCAACCAACCAAUCAAUCGAUCAAUCAAUCAAACUUUAUAUAACGAGGGUGAUAUGUUCUAGUGAAAAAAAAAAACACUUAUGAACUUGUGGUCCUCAAGUCUGUGAUGUAUGUCUUCCUUUCUUUUCAGGACCAUUGACCAACCCUUUAUUUUGCCUGAGGAAUAUAACAGUGUUCUUGAAAGCUGGAUGUGAUUAUCAAAGCUCAGCCAUAGUUGUUCAAGAAUCAUCUUUGAAUGUUGGACAUUUUUACAGCAGCUACCAAGGUUUUUUUGUCUGUUUCUGUUUGACGUAAUUCGCCCUGAUUUUCGUGCACAAGAAACAAAAACUUGGAUCGAAUCUGGAUGAAGAAAAAGUUGUGGUAAUAUGUCAACAGCGUGGAAAUAGCUUUUUGUGGACUUCGGUAAACAACAGACGCUGUUCUUCUCACUUACUGAAAAUGCUGCUCGUUUAUGACAAAACGUAUGGCGGUCGUUGGAUACACUUUCGACCCGAGGCAUGCGCAAAAACAAGAGGAGCUUUGGGAUUGCGAAUUACUUGGGGAGUAUUACACAUCCUACAAACUACGCAAACGCAACCGUCAUAGUGAAUAUGCAUAUGUUUCUGAAAAAAAAAGUUACGUGCCGCAGUACAUGAUCUUCAUGAAGCUAAAAAGAACAGGGCUGAUACACACUGCUGGGAGGACAGUUGUCUAAAAUAAAUUAAAAAAAUACAAGGGGCCUCCAGUUGGCGUUAAGAUUUAAAGGAUGAUGGCCUUUUAGAAAAUAACUUGUGAGUAAAAGAUUUAUGAAUGAACAAAAUGUAUUUUUAGAAUCUUUGGCAGACUUUGUAUAUUUACCUUCAAGAUAGAAACAUUAAAUACAUGGUAUAGUUGAUCAUGUCGGAACGCGUAACUGUGUUGGAAAGGGAAAGCGCAUUCAAAAGCGAACAAGACCGUUAAAAAAUCGUGGAAAACAAGUCCCUUCCCCUGCAGUUUUCGCUGCGUUCUUACGUCGAACGCACCCACUUCUAGUCUCAGCUUUAUGCAUACCAAGUUGCCAUGCUUUCUUAAUACCAUUUGACGACAUUUUGAUCGUAAGUCACGUGACUUUGCCUAAUAAAGGAACAGUUCGUCAAAUGGUUGCGGUAAUAAACUUUACCCAACAGGACGGGAAAGGAAAGAAGAUGACAAACCUUGUGUGACAAGCGGG